UAUUUCGACAUUUUCAACUAUGCUUGGCCGGCAUACAAAACGUGGACAUCAUUUACUAGUAGUACUAUAUAUACUACUACUACUACUACUCCCAAAAAUUAAUACUGGGAAAUCUUGGAAAUAUAAUGGCUGAGAAACAAAACCAACCAAAAGAGGGUCAUCAAGGUUUAGAAGGAUCUGAAUAUAAACCAGGAAAAACAGAGUGGCCAGAAGUCGUGGGACUUGCCUCUGAAGAAGCAGAGAAUAAGAUAAAGCGAGAGGCCGCGGCUGGCACUACAAUCCAUGUGGUGCCUUCCAAUUCAUUUGUGACAACGGAUUUCCGCAUGGAUCGGGUUAGAAUCUUCAUAGAUUCCUCUGCCAAAGUUGUUAAAACACCCAGAAUUGGAUAAUGUACUUCAAUAAUAUAUUCAUCACUCUGUACCUCGCCAUUUUGUCUGAUUUCCCAUAAUAGUUGAUAAAUAAUUCGCACCUUCUUCUA